AUGGUCGUUUUUACAUGCGAUGCGUGUGGGGAGUCUGUGAAGAAAGCACAAGUUGAGAAACAUGUGAACAUCUGCAGAAACUGUCAGUGCCUCUCUUGCAUGGAUUGUGGGAAGGAUUUCUGGGGUGAUGAUUAUAAGGAACAUGUGAAGUGUGUCAGUGAAGACCAGAAAUACGGUGGAAAAAAUUUUGAAGCCAAAACUAACAAAGGAGAUGCUAAACAGCAGGAGUGGAUUCAGAAAAUUCACGGAAUAAUGAAGAAGCCAAACAUAAGCCCAGAAGUGCGGAGUAUUCUGGAGCAAAUGCGUGUCUUUGAUAAUAUUCCAAGAAAAAAAGUGAAGUUUCAGAAUUGGAUGAAGAACAGUUUGAGAAUCACUGACAGCACUUUGCAAGACCAGGUGUGGGAUAUUUUCUCUGAAACAACCAGGAAUAUUUCAAGUGAAAAAGGACAAGACAAAUCACAACAGAAGGAAGAGGGGCAGUCUGCAGAAACGGAGGAAGAAACAAUGGCAGAAGAAAAUGGAAUCACAGAUGAUAAAGUUGAGAGGAAAAAGAGUAAGAGAGAACGAAAAGAAGAGAGACAAAAGAACAAUAAGAAGGAGAAAAAAGACUUGAAAUUAGAAAACCAAACAGAAGUAAAAAAGAGUAAAAAGUCUAAAAAAGUAAAGGAGAGCUUGGAGAAUGAACUAGAAAUAAAUGGAAAUGGCCAUCAGAGUGAAAUAGAAGAGGAAACAAAUGUAAAGAAACGCAAACAUAAACAUGCAGAAGAGGAACCUCAUAUUACAACAAAGAGAAGGAAAACUGAAAACGUUUCAGAAGACAUGAAUACAGAAAACACCAAUGGCAAUGAAGAAAAUGUGGGAACAGAUAGAGGUAAAUUCAACUGGAAGGGAACCAUCAAAGCUGUUCUGAAACAGGCUCCAGACAAUGAAAUUUCAAUUAAAAAACUAAGAAAAAAGGUUAUAGCUCAGUAUUACGCAGUAUCUGGUGAACAUCACAAAUCGGAAGAGGAUAUUCUAGUCAUAUUCAAUAAGAAAAUGAAUAACAAUCCCAAAUUUAAAGUUUUAAAGGACAAAGUUAAACUCCUGAAAUAG